AUGGCAGCAGUAGUAGCAACACAAAUGAAAACGCCACUAAAUCCAAGACCAUAUAUUAAUGAAUUAGUUGGAAAGAAAAUACUUAUUCGUCUGAAAUGGGGAAUGACAUAUAGUGGUGUUCUUGUUAGUGUAGAUCAAUAUAUGAAUGUACAAUUAGGUAAUGCUGUUGAAUAUAUUGAUGAUCAAAACAAAGGUCCAUUAGGUGAAGUACUCAUUCGAUGUAACAAUAUUCUUUAUAUAUCUGGUAUCGACGAAACCGAUGAUGAUGACAAUAUAAUGGCUGAAUAA